UUGUAUCCGUCCAGUGUUGUGUAUUCGGUAAAUCAUGAUGAUCCUCGUUGAGCUUUAGUCGUAUCUUCAGCACCAGGUUUUUGCAGAAGAAACAAAGUGGCUGGGAGGGCAAGAUGGAUGUGCUUUUCGCGCGAAUGUAAAUCCCAAUAAAACACGAACAAAUACAAAGAUCUACAAGAGGACUCGGAACACAAGAACUGGACUGAAUGCAUUUAAGUUUAACACUCUAGGAUCGAUGUAAAUAGACACAAGAAAGACAAUUUCUUGUUGAUAGGAAAAAGUGUUUAGCCUUGGCUACUUUUUAUUGGAAAACUCAGUGAGUCGUCAGUGAGAUUCGCAAGUUCAUUUCUUCUGUGUUCAUGUUGCCAGGAUGAAUGUGGGCACAGCGCACAGCGAGGUGAACCCCAACACACAGGUGAUGAACAGCAGGGGCAUGUGGCUCUCGUAUGUUCUGGGCAUCGGCCUGCUGCACGUCAUUCUGCUCAGCAUUCCCUUUGCUAGCGUGCCAGUGGUCUGGACCCUCACCAACCUCAUCCACAACAUGUGCAUGUACAUCUUUCUGCACACGGUGAAAGGGACCCCUUUUGAGACUCCGGACCAAGGCAAGGCACGCCUCCUCACACACUGGGAGCAAAUGGAUUACGGCAUUCAGUUCACCGCCUCACGCAAGUUUCUCACCAUCACACCCAUCGUCCUGUACUUCCUCACCAGCUUCUACACAAAGUAUGACAGAGUCCACUUUGUCGUCAACACCGUCUCCCUGCUGACCGUGCUCAUUCCCAAGCUUCCCCAGCUACACGGAGUACGGCUCUUCGGCAUCAACCAGUACUGACACCUGAAUGAGGGAUCGGCAUAGCUGCCCUCCCUCAUGCUGCUGCCCAGCUCUGCCCUGCUACCCCCCUCCCCCAACACAUCAGCCUACUGAUGUCUUGUGGCUUGAGUGGAACUAAGCAGUUGUGAUCUCCCUAGCGGUAGAGUUCGAUCACCCCACUGCAAAUGGUUUGAGGAGCUUGAUGGCGGCACUCUUUUGAUCUGCUUAGAGUCUUGCGCCCUUUCUAGAAAUUGGAUGUGUUGUGUGUAAUUUAUUUGCGCUGCAUUUUUUGGGUUGCCAAGGGAACUGCAAGGAGCUGAGACAGGGUGGUGAGGGGCAGAGGUUGUGGGGGAUGGGGUGUUGAAAAUACCCCUUAAUAAUACCUUUUCCUGUCUGCAGUCAGGGACUACUGUAGCUUAACUUCAAAAAUAUUGUUAAUCAUUUGCAACACAGAAAGACUUGGCAACAGUCAAGCCAGAGAGAAUUUCUACAAUAUUUAUUUUCUAAUACCUAAACACCUAAGUGGUAUUUCCUUUCUCCUCCACCAGGAGGCACUGUCUGUUUUCCAUUUAUUUUCCUGCCUGAUGAUUCCUGUAUGAUUUCUUUCCUCUGGACCAGACUCUAUACUUCUUGUGUCUAAUUCUUGUAAGUGUGACUGCCUGUUUCUGUCAUGAGUCAUGCUCAUAUGAACAGUUGAUUCAUCCCAGGGAGCCUGGGUGGGUGCCUAGCUCUUCUGUGGAUGCACAAUUGUAGAAUUUUGAUAGUGGGUACAACAUUUUCAUGACUGUUUUAGGAGUGUAAAAUUUCUGUUGCCAUUUUACAGUACCAGGCCCUCCCCCUGUUCUCUGCGGUGAUGAAACGAGGCUAAACGGGAUCAUUUGGUACUUUAUCUGACCACUUGGCAGGUGGUUUAUUCUUAGCCCUGGAUUCUAAUCUUUUCAGUGAAGCAGCUGACAGCAUUGAAUUCAAGGAACCAUGAGAUCACAUAUAUAUGGAAUGUUCUUUUAAAAUAGACAACUGCAUCUGCCCUGCUUGGCUCCUCAGCAAACUCUCUGUUCCGAUGAAUUACUGUCUGUAACUACAGAGCAACCUCCACACCAUGCUUCAGUAUCAAUCAGACUAUUCCACAUGGUCUGCAUUGCGUACUGUAAGUAUGUGGGGCUGCGUACUCCAUUUGGCACCAUGUACUUUUGAGACACAUUGUGGGAUUACAACAAAAAGCCAUUUUGGGAAGGGUUGAGUUCACACUUACCUCUGCAGGGCUCUGCCUUCCUGGAAUAAGGACAGAGUGUCCCUGACAUCAGCAUUUCUCCUGUGUGCUGUAAGCUGAGAGCUGUGUUGAAUAUAUUGCUUACACUCUGGGCUCACCUGCAUUAUGUCUACUUGGCUACUGAUAGUGGGGGAGGAGGGCAGGGCAUGGAUGAACUGGGGUAAAUUAUAAAAGAUACAGAACACAAGCUGAUGCACUCUUUGGAUUUGUGGACAUAGAAAGCUCUGUUGAAUAAUGUAUAUUCAAAUAGGAAUCCACGAUGCUUGUGGUGUUUUGACAAAUGGAAUCACACAGCAUGCACACAAAUGAAAAGUAGGAUGAUAAAAAGAAAAUAGGAAGAAAACAAUACGCAAACCAGGAUGGUUUUGAAUGGACAUUUUGACCUAAUAAAACUGGUGGACUUUCGUGUGGAAACCUACAUGAGGUCAAAGGUUAUUUAUGCAAGUACAGUUUGUGAAAGUUGGCAAAUAUGUGAGUGCUGUGUUUCACAGUGCAGUCGAUAUCAAAGUAGCACUAAUGUUCAUAUGAACCCAAGCUAGGCCACACUGGCUUUAAAAAAGGCACAGCCAGAGACAGUGGAUAGAACUAAAUAGAGGAGACAUGCUUGUAAUUGGCUAUGAAAAUACGUUUGUGGUAAGGGUCAGAGUCUAUUAGUGGAAUAGGUUUUUUAAAAUAUGUACUUACUGCUGAAAAAAUGAUGUUUGUGACCAUCAUUUAUGUGGAUUUAUUUCUGCUGAUUUGAGUCUGACCCAAGUUUUUUAAUUUAUAUUAACCACACUGUAAGGAAUUGUGUAUAUCAACAAUGGCUGUAAAUGGUUAGAUUAGGACAGGUUCCUUGCAUUUUUAUCUUUUUUUCAGUGAAAGCAAUAUUAUGUAGCAAAAAGAAGCAUGCAUAUAUGCUGAUAUAGUACUUUGUAAUAUCGCUGGAGUGUGACCGAAAGUACUUUUUUUUUUUUGUUACUGAAAUGCGAAUUACACUAUGUUGUUGGACCUUUUUUUAAAAAAUGACAGUGCUGCAGGUUAGACAGCACCACAUCAUCAGCCUGGCUCUAUACUUCAGUAACCUCUGACUGCUUUCUGCUCUGCUCCAGCCCAGGCACAGGUCUGUCUCUUGACUGAGAAACAAUAAAAAAUUGAGGCUAAAACACAAAGACUAAAAACUGAUGGAGCACUUCAACUACCUGUCUUCUACCUGAAUCACCAGGGCAACAAUCCAAUGUCUAAACAUAACAGUAUUUGCUCUAAAAAGCACAGACUCAAAUGAAAUGUUACUGUUAUUGGGUAAAAUGGUGUCAAGUGGAUUACAAUACUUUGGAGCACUGUAUAUUUCCAAAUUGAUCCGCAUACCUGCAUAUUUGUAGGCAGUUCUGCAAUAAAACAACUGGGUAGUA